UAUAGUGCCCUCUUUCUAGCCGCCAUCGUAGCAAGUCCACUAAUCUCCGCGAUCACCCUAUCCACACCAACCGGGUGGUACCGCGGUGCAUCUGUCGAGGAGACAUGGACGUCAGCGCCCGCCGACCCGACGUCCUUUGAUCUCGUCCUCGUCAAUCCCGAUGACGGAGUGACCAAAUUCAAGCUGUCAUCAGACGUUCCGACCUCUGCCGAGCAGGUUCGAUUCAACGUUCCCGCGAAUGUGCCGGUCGCGGAUAAUUAUACCAUGCAAGCAGUCAACGUGACGAUUACACUUGACGGUAGGGAAACAAGGGGAUCUUAUCCUGGUGAGAACAGAAAAUGCUUGGGUGAUCUGUUUCUUUGCCGCCGUGGUUUAGGGAAAGUUUCGAGUAGCGGUAGGUAUGUAGAGGAGAGGCUAGGCAAAUGA